ACGUGAAAGUUGUUUAUCAAAUACCCCGUUACAAUAGGAAAUUCACUUCCUCUUCAACUAUACCCCCAUAAAAACUGUUUUAUUUAUAAAAUGGCCUUUAAAUAAAAAUGUUUUUAAUGUACAUAUUAAUUAAAUGUACAUUAUCAGGUCACUUUCUAAAUAAAAUGCGAGCCCGCAUAAUUUCAAUUCAAAUGAAGUUCUAAUUCAUUUUUACAGUCUUUCGCUAAUUCUAGACUGGAAAACAUGGCUUUGUUACAAGCUAUUUACAUAGUCGUGUUUGUUUUUCAUAAUUUUAUUUAUUGCUCAAGAAUACCUUUUAUUUUGACGGCAAGAGAUUCAUUAACAACUGAUGCAACAAAAUCAUUGGAAAUUGUUACACCUGUCAGCGAUGUAAUUCACGAAGAAGCAAUAUCAACGCAACGGACACUAUUUCCAUUUGAAUUUAAUUCAAAUCCAACAGAUAGAACACAUUUUCCAACUGAAAUACCAAUAUUAUUAAAUGAAAAAAUGUCAACACCUUCAAGUAAUAUAAAAAAUAAAACAAUCAUAGAAACGAUUACAAGUAAAUUUGGACAAAGAUUACCAAAAUUUAUUGGCAGACUAGCUUUUUUAGCUGGACUUCGAUUGGCCGAUGAAAUGUCAAAUGAAGCAUCAUCUUUUAAUAAUAGUAGCGCUAAAGAAAAUUUAAAUCCACUAUCAUUAAAUUUAACACCAACAAAAUUGAGUCCAUAUUUUGCCGCUAUUUAUGAGCCAUUUCCAAUUCUUUCACAAUCUAUUUAUUAUAAUUUACUGGUUCCACUUUUGAAUGCAAUGAAUUCACAAAAAAUCACGAAUGAAAAUAUUUCAAAUUCUCCACAAAUUAUUUCAUCUAAUGAACAUGAGAAUCCCACUAUUGAAGAGAAAAUUAUUGAAAAUGUCACAUUGGAGAAGAAACAGAGAACUUCAAUUUCUGAUAAAAUGAAAGAAAAUAUAACUUUAGAAUUGUUGGAGGAAGAAAAUGAUGAUAAUGAUGAUGAUGAAAAUGAAGAUUAUGAAAAUACAGAAGAGAAUGAAGAAAAUUUUGAUUCCGAGGAAUCGAAUGUAGAUGUAUUUGUUCCAACAUCAAGAGCACCACCGUUAAAAAUAAAUAAAUCAUCACCACCAAUAAAAUCAUUAAGACAAAAACGUCCGCGUACUACUAAAAAACCAAAAAUGAAAAAACCAACAACAACAACAAUGAUUCCAAUAAUGGAUAAUAUGACAACAACUAAUUUAAAUAAUUCAACAAAUAUUGACAAUACAACACAACUUCCUAUUCAAAAUAAUACCGGAUAUCCUUUUAAUCCUGGAUAUUAUGGAGGAUAUUCACAAAAUAUUCAUGAUUUAUAUAUAACAAGUAGCGAAAAUCCUCAAUUACAUGAACAUUAUAAUUAUAAUGAAAUUAAUUCUCAUUAUUCUGAUGAAUGGCCAAUUAAUAAUAGAAUUCCUCAUGAAUCACAUGUUUUUAAUCAAUAUCCACCGUUUUAUGAUUUUCCACCGCCUGGUGAAGAAGAAUACAGUGAUCACCAUUCAUUUCGAGGUUCUCCCAUUUUACAACAUCCAUCGCCGCCAAAUUCAAUAAAUAAUGGAUUCAAACCGAGUGUUCCUUUUUGAAUUCAUCAAAUAUUUAAUUUAGAAAAUUUAUUUUACAUUAUUAAAUUUAAAUCAUUUUAAUUUUUGAAUAAAAUUUUCUCUAUUUUAAAUACUAAUAAUAA